AUGGAGGUCCCAAUUGGGUUUAUCGCCAAGUUAUGGAGGUUUAUUUCAUUUCUUCUGUUCUUCCUAUUCCUCUUGAUUCUCGGCGUUCUCAAGGCAUCAAUCAUCGGACCGGUGGCAGCUGUCACCAUUCUUGUUGGAAAUUCUGCUGUAAUCCUUGGACUGUGGCCUGCACAUUUUCUCUGGAGUUACUACUGCUUGACAAAAACCAAGAGGAUUGGGCUGGUUUUGAAGAUUUUGUUAUUGGUAUCAUUGCCGGUGCCUCUGGCUCUCUGGCCAGUCUUUGGAAUAGUUGGAAGCCUUUUAGCUGGAAUAGGAUAUGGAGUUUUCAAACCAAUGGUCGCAACGUUCGAAGCUGAGGGAGAUCAAAUCACAGAAAAGCUUUUCCACUGCUUUUUUGACGGGUGCUGGAGCACCAUUGAUGGAAGCUGUACUGUAGUGCAAGAUUUUACAGAUUUUUGCUUCCAUUCCUACUUUUCCUACAUGGAUGACUUGAGUGAGAAAGUACCCAAGGAUAAAGAGCCCAUGGACAUCAGGUUAUCUAUGUUGCCUAGUUGUUUAUUGGUUAGCUUGCUAGCAAUCCCCAUUGAUGCGCUCUUCAUCACUACUGUUGCGCUGUGGAAAAGCCCCUAUAUGCUCCUGAUUGGAUGGAAGAGGCUGUUUGAAGAUUUGAUUGGGAGGGAAGGACCAUUUAUGGAGACAGUAUGCGUUCCAUUUGCUGGUCUUGCCAUCAUCUUAUGGCCCCUAGCUGUUGUUGGGGCUGUCAUUGGUGCUUUCUUCUGCAGCUUCUUUUUGGGACUUUACAGUGGGAUUAUUGUCCAUCAGGAAAACUCACUAAGGAUGGGACUUUAUUACAUUGUAUCAGUGAUAUCAUUGUUUGAUGAAUACACAAAUGAUUUACUUUACUUGAGGGAGGGAUCCUGCCUUCCCAGGCCUAAAUACCGUCAAAGCAUGACUUCCUCCUCAAAGCCCCUUGACAAAAGAAUAUCAUUUGACAAUGACAAAAAUAAUCAGAAGAAACGGGAUGCGCAUACUGAUGGCAAAAAACUAGUUUCAGAGCAAAGAACAUUGAAGAGAACCAUUCACCAACUAAAGCCCAUACAAGUCUGGGAUUGGCUAUUCAAAAUUUUCGAGGUCAAUGGUAGGAUUCUCCUCCAUGAUGGAUCAAUAGAUAUCAGAGACCUCGAGAAAUGCAUUGGAAAGGGAAAAUGUAAGAAGCUAGGCAUUAAACUACCUGCUUGGUCCAUUCUGCAGUGUUUGAUCGCAUCAGCAAAGACUGACUCCUCGGGGUUGCUCAUCUCUAAUGAGGUGGAGCUAACAACGAUUGACUGGCCAAAGGAUUUGGUUUUUGAGUGGUUAAUUGGACCAUUGUUGAUUAUUAAGGAACAGAUCAGAGGACUCCAGUUAGAUGAGAAUGAGGAAUCGUGCUUGAGAAAGUUGAUUAUGGACUACGAUAAUGAAAGGCCUGAAGACUGGAAUGACGCUGGAUUUCCAUCAGAUGACAAUGUCAGAAGAGCACAAUUGCAAGCCAUAUUUAGAAGGCUGCAAGGAAUUGUUGCUUCAUUGUCACGGAUGCCGACAUUUCGACGUCGAUUCAGGAACUUGGUGAGAGUGCUGUAUAUAGAGGCCCUGGGAACUGGUGCACUGCAAGGUCAGGAUGGAGGGAAGUUGAAAAACAGAUCCAGUGGCAAGAAACCAAUCGGCCAUGGGUAUGAUGGGGAUAAAGAUGAUCAAGAAAGGGCAACAGAGAAAACCGACAACAGUGGGGAUAUCGUAUGAAUGAUGAACAUUAGGUUUGUGCAAAAAUGGCGAUUCAUAUUGCAUGGUAAUUCGACUGAUUAACUUAGUUGUUGAAUCUUUUCUGCAUGAAAUUAAAAGUAGCUAUGAAUUCCUGGUUCAGAUUUUAUCA